AUGAAUUCUAUCCUUUUAUUCUCCCUCCUUGGUGCUGCUGCCAGCGCCCUUGACUUUCAAGGGGCAGGUCAGAUCCGUACCUGGAACCAAACAGGCACGGAUCUUGGCUGUCUAACCAAGCAAGCACAGUGGACAGUCGACGAGACACAAUGUGAUUCCUUUUCAGGAAAGCGCAACGCAACCGGUAUCUAUCUGACAGCGUCCACUGGAGUGCCGUGUGGAAUCGACAAUGUCAAGGUAGUAUGCCAGGAUGGGCUAAGCACGGUUACGUCAACAUGGGGGCUCUUCUACGGAGGAAGCCCAUAUCCGGACCACGAUGUUCUUGGCUUUGGUGAAUACGGGUUGAUGGCAUCGACAGAGGACUAUGUACCCACAAAGGCGACAGAUGCUCCGGUUACGAUUGAGUUCUGGGGCGAUACCAAUGUUCAGCCCUUUGUAUGGCUUACAUGGAAGGCCACAUAG